AUGUCUGGAAGCAGUGCCACGCCUGGGUAUCAGCUGCCAUGGGUCGAGAAGUACCGCCCGCGGUAUCUACGCGAUAUGGUUGGGAAUGCUGCGACGGUGGAGCGUUUGAAAGCCAUUGAAGAGAAUGGCAACUGCCCGCAUCUGCUUGUAUCGGGAUUGCCUGGUAUCGGAAAAACGACCAGUGUACACUGCCUUGCGCAUGCUUUGCUGGGCGAUGCGUACAAGGAAGCCGUUUUGGAAUUGAAUGCCUCUGACGACCGCGGUAUCGAUGUGGUCCGGAACAAAAUCAAGGUCUUUGCACAGAAAAAGGUGUCACUUCCGCCGGGGCGCCACAAGAUUAUUAUUCUGGACGAGGCGGAUAGUAUGACGCCGGGUGCACAGCAAGCGUUGCGACGUACUAUGGAGAUUUACGCGUCGACGACGCGUUUUUGCUUUGCAUGCAACCAGUCGAACAAAAUCAUCGAGCCGAUCCAGAGUCGAUGUGCCAUCCUCCGAUUUGGGCGCAUCACGGACGAGGAGCUUCUUCGUCGGCUCGUGCAGAUUUGCGAGGCGGAGAAGGUGCAGUACUCCGAUGAAGGCCUCGCGGCGAUUGUGUUCACCGCCGAGGGCGAUAUGCGGCAGGCCAUCAACAAUCUGCAGUCGACCUGGACAGGCAUGGGCUAUGUGAGCCCUGACAAUGUGUUCAAAGUAUGUGAUCAGCCACAUCCCUUGAUCAUCCAAGAGAUUCUGACGCGGUGUCAUACGGGCGACGUCGACGGCGCGCUGGACAAGUUGGACGAUGUGUGGUCGCUAGGCUACUCGUCGCUGGACAUUGUCACGACGUUGUUCCGUGUCGUGAAGACGAUGGAUACCUUGCCGGAGCCUGUCAAGCUUGACUUUAUUCGCGAAAUCGGAUGGACACAUAUGCGCACUCUCGAAGGGGUCGGUACGCUGCUACAGCUGAGUGGCCUUGUGGCGCGCCUUGCGAAGUUGUCUAUGCCGCCCUCGGCCUUUGCCUGGUAA